AUGGAUACGAUAAGCGACUUGCCUGAUACGCUACUAUUGAAAAUAUUGUCUUCACUGCCUGCGAAAGAUGUGGUAGCCACAAUGGUUUUGUCAAAACGGUGGCAAACGCUUUGGAUGUUGGUGCAUAAACUUGAGUACGAUGAUAGCUAUCAGAAUCCUAAGUAUGAAAGAUUUUCACAAUUUGUGGAUAGGUCUUUGUUUCUGCACGAGGCACCAGUUAUAGAAACCUUGCAUUUCAAGCUUGGUAAAAUCUGUGGUAGUGGAGAUAUUCGAGUGUGGAUUAGAGCUGCAGAUAAAUGCUUAGUGCAUGAGCUGAUUAUCGAUACUUCUUCUAGUAAAAUUCCAGUCACACUUCCUAGGAGCUUGUAUAGUGGGGGAUGUACAAGGGUUGUGACCUUGAAACUAAGUAACGCGGUUCUCGUGGAUGCUUCCUCCCCGAUUUCUUUCCCAUCACUCAAAAACUUGAGUCUUAUAUCCAUGACGUAUCCAGGUGGUGAUGAGUUUGUCAAGAGGCUUUUAUCUAGUUGUCCUGUUCUUGAAGACUUGGUAGUGAAGAAAUAUCCAGAUGAUAAUGUGGAUAUUUUGAACGUUAGAGUACCUUCUCUAAAGAGUUUAUUCUUGUACAAACUGGCGCACAGACUUAAUAAAAACAAAUCUCAUGGGUUUGUGAUCGACGCUCCAUCUUUAGAGUGCCUGGACAUUGUUGAUUAUUCACGUGGGUUUCGCAUCGUUGAGAAUGAGUUCUCUAAGAUUGUGAAAGCCAAUAUCAAUAUUUUAUCUCCCCAUACGGAGCAAAUUUUGGGUUCUAUAACUUUAGCCAAGCGUCUUAUUCUCUGUUUACCAAGGUCAGAGGAUGCAUAUCCUGUUGAUCGUGUCUUCUAUAGUCUUGUACAUUUAAAGAUGUGCACAUGUGAGAUACAUUGGUUUAAUCGACUUAAGCUUGUACUUAGAGAUUCACCUAAUUUACGAGCUCUCCAACUUGAACAGGUCCAUGGAUUUCGGGACGGGGAACAACGUCUGUGUUGGAGUGAACCGAAUUCAGUUCCUGAAUGUCUAUUAACGAGUCUCGAAACCGUGGAAUGGGUAAAGUAUAAUGGAACAGAGGAAGAGAAGGAAGUAGCAGCCUUCAUCUUAAGAAGCGGAAGCUGUUUGAAGAAGGUCUCUAUCUCCUCUAAAUCCGCUGACCGCGAUAAGAAACAUGAGAUGCUCAAGGAGUUGGCGUUAUCGUAUAGGCGUUCACCUACCUGUCAGCUUGUAUUCAACUGA